CAAUUUUCUGCUAAAUAUAUAACAUGAUCACUGAUUCCACACCAAUUUAUUUCUUAUCUCGUCGUAAAAUACAAGCUUAAUCUGGAGAACAAUGAUGAAGAAAUUGGGCCUUCUAUUACUCUUUGGACUCAUAUCUGCCACAUUUGCCAACAAGAUCGCUGAUAAUCGCAACAGAGAAAAGCGAUUUUUAUUUGGAGUAAGUAUCAAACUGCAGUGGAACCCCGUUAACGCGGCCACUGUGGGGCCAUAACAUCCUGUGGUCGCUUGAACGGGGUCUUCAAAAUAAUAAAAUGGCUCAGUGGGUUGAAAGAAUAUGGACGUAAUAACGAGGUAGUCGUGAAAACGGGGUGGUCGUAAGGCGGGGUUCCACUGUAAUAUAAAAUGGUAUUUUUUUGUGAUUACAGUACGCUUAGUAUUUUAUAGUAACAGCAAAAAAAAUUGAACUUUUUGUAAGUUUAGGAUAAGCGAAAAGAACGAAUCCAUUUUAUUUCACUAUAUUACAGCAAUGUCAGGUGGAUUCGGAUUGUGGUGCGGAGCGCUGCUGCAGUGUAUUUGAGACUUGUCAUGACAAGAGAGGCCUGGACCAAUCUUGUAACUUUGUUGUAAGUGAAAAUUAUGUUAUCGGGCAGGAAAUUGAUAAGUAUUUUAAAGAGAAUACCUAUAAUUGGUAUUUUCUAUGAAUGACAGGUGUAUGUUCCAACUUUUGCGUUAUCAAUUAAAUAAAUAAAAUAGAGCAAUGAUGGACGAUUUAGAGAUAGCAAACCCACAAAGUGGUUCUUCGUCUAUACCAUUCCAGACCAAAUUGAAUUUGGAAAUGUUGGUUUUUGAGGAGAGGGAGAAACCGGAGUACCCGAAGAAAAAACGUCUCGGAGCAAAGGAGAGAACCAACAUCAAACUCACGUAAACUGAACCCACAUAUGACGGCGGCAGGCUGGGCUACGUUGUUUCCCACCUUUUUGAUAAAGCGCUAUAAAAUGAAUAUUGAAGGACGUGCUUCAUGGACACCAAGUACACAAUUGGUUUAUUAAACACAAGUGAGGGCAUAGAGGAAUUACAUCUGUUUAUUACUGAUAAGUAAACUUUUGUUUUGGUCAAAGAAGUGAUUUCAGAAGGGAACCAAUGCCCUGGCUCGUCGGUUCCUCUCGCCGUUUUGUCAAUCCGGUUAUCGACGCUGAAAUUUGAGAUUAGUUUGUUGUUGUUAUUAUUUUCGUCCUUGCUCCUUGCUUCUUAUAACAGGGAUUGGUCAUCACUGACUCAUAUAUAUUUUUAUGUCUAGGGUCUUCAUAAAUGCGGCUGCAAAUCCGGUUUGUCAUGUCAGCCUGUCUAUCAGAUAGGAUCCCUUAACGUCUAUCAUCGCUGUCGUCCAAUUCCUACAGAGGAACCAGGCUCUGGAGAUAUAUGA